AUGGUUAACGCCGACAUCUUUGAGGACAAGUUCCAAAAUGACUUUUCUAUUUUGAUCGAAAGGUUCAAAAUUAGUCGAAAAAAUCCAAUAAAAGUGAUACUUCCGUACAACAAACGAGAUGAUGAAAUAAAAGGUUUAACUGCCGGUGUAGCAGAAAUUACGCUUCAAGAUAGAAUAUGGAUCUAUUUCGGUCAAACCAGACCUGUUUCCCUGAGACAAGAUGACUUUGAGGGAAAGGUCCGUUGUGUGGAUGAUUUGAAAAGAGUGGUCAAAGAACGUUUAAAAUCUUCUCUUGGUGAUAUAACGGAAGAGCUUAUCACACUUCGAAAAGGGGAAAUAGAAUUAGAAGACAAUAUAUUAGUAACUGAAUUAUACAACACGAAAAACGAAGCAUUAGAGGUUGUGGUUAAAAGAAACGACGAUCAAAGUCCUCACGGAAAAAUGGUGACGGAAAGUAAGAAAAAAAUCUUUGACAAAAUCCAAAGUAAUGAAUAUGGAAAUCUUUUGUCUGCAUCAAUUCAUGUAAUCCAUCAACGAAUCAAUACACACAAAUGGGAUGCCUCAAAAUUUUGGGAUAUCCAAAUCAAAGAUAAACACGAACAGGAUUGUUUAAGUUUUUGGGAUGAAAUCUUUAAGCUAUUAUCGCAGAAAGAACAUUUAUCAAAUAAUAGGAAUGAAAAUUUCAUAAAAGAAUUGUUUCCAAAUAGGGAGAUCUCUGUUAUCUGUUGUAUAGAUGAAGCACAUGAACUGCUUGAAAAAACAUUAAAAAAACAAACACAUAGCGAGAAUUACUUUAUUCAAUGGAGACGACAAAUUCGACAGAUAAAAUGGCGUGGAUUCUUUAAUAUACUGCUUAGCACAAAUGGAAAGAUUGAUAAUUACCUACCACCUGUAAUAAAAGACACUCACUCUGCUAGAUUACAUCAGUUUUAUCUAUUUCCUGCAUUUUUGGAUGUUCAUAAUAUGGAUAUAUUAAUGGAAUUCGCACAACCCGGAGAUGAUUAUGAUCCUAAAAGAAAUUUAUACCUAGGAAUUCCACUGUGGGGAUCUCUUGCUCAAGCGGGGGUAAUCCUUUCAGACAUAUUACAUCUGGCUUGUCAAAAGAUAUGUAAUUUUAGUAAAAAGCAGGAUAGGGAUCGUCUUGCAAAUCUUGCAUGCAUGGCUUGCUCCGUCGCUAUUGAAAUUUCACCUCGGAUCGCGGAUGUGGAUACUUUAAUAGCGUCAUAUAUGGCAACUGCUAUAGGCGUUUCACAAGAUCGCGCAGAACUCCUUUGUACAUAUCCUUCAGAUCCUAUUCUUUCGUCUGGCGCAUUAAAAGGAAUUGUAGACGUUGGAUGGGAGGACUGUUUAGAUACAUUGAUAGACUUAUUUAGUCGUGGAGUAGUUGAGGCAGGAGAAAGAGGUGAACUCGUUAAUCGCAUCCUGUUCCUAGAGGCUUAUAUGCGUGUCGUAGAGAAGGGUCAUGAAGCUGUCACAUAUUUGGAGAAGGUUGCUAUGUCAUCAUUUUUGAAUGCACUUUGUAGAGAAAUACAUCAACUUAAUGAGGCUUUUGAGAAAAUGGGAAUUAAAAAUGCUGAAAUUGGAUUCAAUCACUGGAUUUCCUUACAAGCUACCAAUCAAGAUCAUGUGAAAGAAGGAGGACGAAAAUUUCUGUCGGAAGAACUUAUUAUAGAAGCCUACCAUCGUCACGCUGCUUUUAAGAUGCCUUCUGGGUUUCCUGUUAUUGAUCACAUCAUUCCUUUUAAACAUUCUAAUGGUUAUGGCAUCCUUUCCAUUCAAUACAAGAAUAGUAAAAUAUCUUCAUUUAAUCAGACGAAUGCUCUUGGCUUAAUAAAUCCCAUAUCUGCUUUUGGCAGCAAUUUAUUUAACGGUGAAAUUUUGGGUAUUUAUAUUGAUCUUGGAGUAAAUGAAGCAGAAGCGAGUUUAGUGAACAUAAAGUCUAUAACCACACGGCAGAACAAAAGCACUUCUAAUCAAAUUAUUUAUAUUAAAGGAAUCGAAUCAUUUGUUUGCAAUGAAAAGAUUGGCAAAAGACUUUCAAAAUUACUUUACACACGACCUUGGCCACUUGAUGAUCAAUGGAGUAUGCUUGAUAAUGAAAGAACGUUGGAUAGGAAAAACGCGAUUAAAUCAUAUUUUCCCAUUGUAUUUGAACGACCAUUGUCAAUAGUUAAAAAAUGGAAGUUAAAAUAA